AAACGAUGAGGCGAGCUUUCAGCACCUCUCUGAGAACCAGACAAACAAUAACCGAGUCUUAUUUUCUUAACAGCCGGAUUCCCAGAACUGAGACUUCCUUCAAAUAUCUCCCCUCCACCCUUCCAACUGAACAUGCGUCUGAACCUAAACAGUGAAGGUACAGUAUGGGCAUUGUUCGGACGCACACGCUCCUUAUUUGACCUGUGACUGGGAGCUUUCGCUGUUGACACCCUGCGCGUCUAUGCGGAAGUUGCGCACAUAUCCCGCAGCAGCGCCCUCCCCCCCGGCGCCGCGGCGGCCUCCCCGGAUUGGCCGGCCGGGCUGCCGCUCAGCGGGCGCCUUGCGUCACCCCGGGCUGACGCGCCCCGGCCAUUGGCUCAGCUGACAGAUUCCCCUACACGGGGAGCUCGAUUUCGCAAUACUGACACCAGCUCCCGUACCACACCAAAACAGAAACAGGACCCCCCCUUACACACGCACACACACUUUUUUUUUUGGUAUCGAGGGGGGAAAAAAAAAAAGAGAAAAUUAAAAGACUUCGAGCCUCGAUUAAAGAUUCGGGUGGACCGGCGAGCGCCCCAGGUUUCUGGAGGCGCCUGUAUGUUCAGCCCAGGCCGCGACGGCCGCGCCAGCGCCCCUCUCUCCCAAGACAGAUCCGCGAGGUAACGGCGCAGUGGGGGGCCGAACGGGGCAGGGGCCGGCGGUCCAAAUGAGCAAGCCUUCGCAGCAGAAGCCCCACGCGGACCAGAACGGAGUGAGUGUCAUCCAGGCCCAGACCAGCGGCCUGCAGCAGGUGCCCCAGCUGGUGCCGGUCAGCCCCGCGGGGGGGGGCAAGGCCAUGCCGCCCAGCAAGUCCAAGAAGUCCAACCCGGACAAGGACAGCGACGAGUACCGCAUGCGGCGCGAACGCAACAACCUGGCGGUGAAGAAGAGCCGCAUGCGCAGCAAGCAGAAGGCCCAGGACACCCAGCAGCGCGUGAACGAGCUCAAGGAGGAGAACGAGCGGCUGGAGGCCAAGAUCAAGCUGCUGAGCAAGGAGCUGAGCGUGCUCAAGGACCUGUUCCUGGAGCACGCCCACAACCUGGCGGACAACGUGCAGCCCCCCAGCACGGAGGCGCCCGGCCCCGCGCAGAACGGCAGUGGGCAUCAGCACCACGCGGGGUAGCCGGGCCGGGCCGGGCCGCUCUUCUCCCCCCUCUGCCGGGGAAGAGGGGCCGUGCGGCGCUCGGUGUGCUUGUUCCCUGAAAGCCUGCGAAGACGUUGCGUUAGAAUGGAGUUUUUUUCCCCCCCAUCAGCUCCAGGGUGAUCCCGGCGGAAUGGUAAAGAGCUUCAGGCCUAGGAAUGUUACCUUUAUAACCUCUCUGUGUUUUAAUUUUCAAAACCCCGGGUUCCGCUUUCUGAUGAUGAUGAUAAUUCCUCACGUUUCAGUUGCUCUUUCCGUCCCGAAGUGCCUUACAAAGGAUGGGAGGAGCGAGAAAUUCCUACACUAGUUGAAUUGGGGGGCAGUUUAGGGAGGCCGGCCUGGAAUUUGGGGUUAACACCCCUGCUCUUAAGAACAGUGCCCCCAGGAUCUUUAAUGACCACCUAGCCAGGACCUCAGGUUGUCUUCUUCCAAAGAACAGCGCCUCCUGCAGGACAGUGACCCCAAGUCACCAUACUGGGGCUCUGGUGAGGAAAUGCAGGUCGAGAGGGAAGAGCUCUGGUCCAUCACCUCCAACAUCACUAACAACUUUGUCCCAGCUAAUCCUUAAUUGAAGAUUAGCAGUUAGCUGCAAUCCUCCGUUAAGGAUCAGUUUAGGAAUUAAUGUACUGGAAGGUUCAAAGUCUUGUAAUGAUAUAUAGUGGAAGAGCCACUGUUACCUAAUCUUGAUUUAAUUCAGCAAUCUAUUUUCCUGUAGAAGUCUCCUAUCCCAGUACUGACCAGCCUAGUUUAGCCUCUGAGAUCUAGAAAACUAGACUAGACGUUGGUGCUGCUGCAGUCAAUAACUUCACUCUAUAAUCUGCUUUUCUACCAUUAAGUUGUUUUUUUCUUGUUCUGAGCUGGUGCAACAUGGUGCAUAAAUUUAAUGAAUACUUGUUUUCCUUAUCAAAUGGCAAAUUUGCUAGAUACAAUUCAAAUGUAGAUCACAGAGGUUGAAAAUGUCACAUUUUAGUUGUGUUUUGGAUGUCUGCUUUAACUCAGUGAUUCAAGGGGUUAAGAGCUGUUUUUGGCUAUGAAACGUAACUGUUCGUAGUAUUUCAUACUACUACGUCUGUAACUUUUCUGUGUAUGCAGAUGUUAUUUGUGCACUUUUCCAUAAUGGACUUUUAAAUCAGAUGCUUGCUCAACUUUUCUGUUUUUGGACUGCCCUCUUUUUCAAAUCGGGCACAGUGAACGCAUGCUGUGGACUGCGUGUGCAGUAGGGCCGGAGAACUUAUCCAGUUAAAAUAGUGAGGAUUUCAUUGAGAAGUUUUCAAAAUACAAAAACAUUGUCUAAAAUCAUAGAUUCCAACUGACUGACACACACCCAGAUGUGACCAACCUGCUGGAACUGAUUUAAUCCUACAGCUGGCUUUUGUCUGCCGUUGUUACAAGUGUUUUAAGGGUCACUUUGCUUGCUGAGUAUGACAUCUGAAAAGAAAUUAUUUCUGGUUUACUAAGCGAAAGCAAAACGAUGUCUUUGCCUGGGUGGAUCUUUACCAGGGGUUCAGUGGAUCAUGUUAGCACUUGCUGGCCCUGUCUGUGAAAGGUGCACUCACACAGAGUGAAAACAGUCUCCACAGUAUGUAUCAGUGAUCCUCUCCCAUAUCUGUUGACUUGGUGAUGACGCUGAAAAACAAUUCUAAACCCACUUCGAUAUAUACCCAUGACCUCCAAUACUAACCUGACGUUCUUGUGUAAAGGUCGGAUUUAUGUAGGUUAGGAAAAAGUCAUAAAUGGGAGCUUAUCUGUCUUCAGGUAGUUGUGCAAUCUUGAAGCACUAAAGACUAAAACAAACUUGGUACAGACAUGUCGUCAUCAAGGUUUGGUUUGUGUGAACAGUCUCAGUCACACAAUUUCCUUUCAGCAUUCUGUGUGCGAGGAUUAAAGAUAGUUCCAGGCUGAAGAGAUUUUAUGACCUGUACUGUACUGGUCACAGAUCAAUUUUGUAUCUUGGAUUUUUUUCUGUUUGAACAAUGUAAUUAAAAGCAGCGUGUUAUGUCAGGAGAAGGACUUGCCUGGAAAAAAGAGGCUGAAUAUGCUUUUUUCACCUACUGUCAAGAAGAAGUACAAAAUGGGAAAGUAAUUAUAUACUAGCAAGAUGGAUCGAUGUCCAGUGAAACGCGAGCUGUACUGCUUAUCGGAGAACUGUGUAAUUCAAACAAGUGCACCUGAAAUGCAGACGUCAGUUCAGUUUGCAAACCUGCAUGAAAUUAAAUUGAGAUUGGGAAGUGUUUUAUAUAAAAUUGUCCCCAGAAUCCAAUUUCUGUAUGUUUCCAUUACAAAUUUUGAUUGACCUAUUUUGCUACUAAUGUUGCUGGGCAGCAUUUAUGUAUAAGUUGUGACUCUUUUUUACUGAAUAACUGGGGUUAGGUGCACUGUAAAUUAAUAAAGUUUGGUUGCAGAUGA